CCGGAAGUGCGCUCUCUGCUAAGGUGUUGUGUGUUUUUCUGGAGUAUUUCCUCCGGAGCGCCUCCGCCUGCGCUGCACCGGGAGCCCGCGGGAGCCGGAGGAGCGGAGGCCGGCCGAGGGACACGGGAGGCCGGCGUGGAGCGGUGCCAGGCCCCGGGGAGGUGUUUGAAACAUGGGCCUCUUCGCCCGGAUCAGGAAGGAGUGGUUCAUCAUCGGGAUAGUGCUCGUCAUCUUAUCCGCCAAAGUGCAUCCCAGCUUCGGCGUGAGAGGAGGUCCGUUAAAACCAGAGGUCACGGUGUCGUACGUCGCGGUGUCGCUCAUCUUCUUCAACAGUGGACUCUCGCUCAAAACAGAGGAGCUGACCAGUGCCCUGCUCCACGUCCGGCUGCACCUGUUUGUCCAGAGCUUCACUUUAGUGUUCUUCCCUGUGUCUGUGUGGCUCCUGCUCCGAGUGCUCGCCCUGUCCAGCAUCGACCAGUGGCUCCUGCAAGGUUUACAGACGGUGAGCUGUAUGCCUCCUCCGGUGUCGUCUGCUGUGAUUUUGACCAAAGCCGUCGGGGGAAAUGAGGCCGCCGCCAUUUUCAACUCUGCGUUUGGGAGUUUCCUGGGGAUCGUCGUCACGCCGCUGCUGCUGCUGCUGUUCUUGGGGUCGUCGUCGUCCGUCCCGUUCUCGUCCAUUUUCUCUCAGCUCUUCAUGACGGUGGUGGUGCCUCUGAUCCUCGGGCAGGCGUGUCGUCGGUUCCUUCGUGACUUCCUGGAUCGUCGGAAGCCUCCGUUUGGGGCAGUGAGCUCCUGUGUCCUCCUCAUGAUCAUCUACACCACCUUCUGUGACACCUUCAGUAACCCCACCAUCGAGCUGGAGCCCAGCAGCCUGCUGAGCAUAGUACUCAUCAUUUUCUUGAUUCAGAUGGGCUUCAUGAUGCUCACCUUCACCUUCUCCACCAGGUCAAACUCCAGCUUCAGCCCUGCAGACACUGUGGCCAUCAUGUUCUGCUCCACCCACAAAUCGCUGACGUUAGGCAUUCCCAUGUUGAAGAUCGUGUUCGCGGGUUUCGAGCAUCUGUCCCUGAUCUCGGUCCCUCUCCUCAUUUAUCACCCGGUCCAGAUCCUGCUCGGGUCGGUGCUCGUGCCCAGCAUCAGGGCGUGGAUGACCUCCAGACAGAAGGCUCACUAUCUGGAUGCCGUUUGAACGAUUCCGGCUCUUCUUGGACUUGUGCCUUUCUCCAAACCGAACGACCUCAGACGGAGAGUGUGACGCUCGUGUGACUUUUGUAUUUAAAACAAAAAGCCCAUGUUGAUACUUUUGUAUUUAAUGAGAGUAUUUAGUUAUUUGAAGAGUUUAUUUCUCCACAGAUGAACUGUUACUGGGAACAAUAUUUUUACAUGGACGUUGUUACAGAGUUUUGGAUGUUUGCUCAAACUUUAAUACACAUUUUAAAGAUG